AUGAAGGGUAUAGUGAUCUUCUUGAUCCUCCUUCACAAUGUUUGUGGGGUGAAGGAUUAUCUCUUCAAGGACUGUGACAAUUCUGGUUUUUGUCAGAGAAAUAGGUUGUAUGCCAAAAAUAUUGCUGAGAAUGAGUCUCCGUAUGCUGUCUCUCAGCCUUCGUUAGUUGUAAGCAAUACAGCACAGAACUCUUUAACCGGAGUAAUAACGAAAUCUAUUCCUCAAUUGGAUGAGACUCGCCAAUUUCCUUUUGAGAUCUCAAUUCUUGAGGGUUCAAUUCUUCGUUUCAAGGCCGAUGAAAUGCGCCCAGAAACAAGUGGUGGGAUGAUUCGUGGAAAUAGGUAUAACGAGGCAGCAAAAUGGGCUUUCCAGGACCCUGACGUUCCAUACGAAAGCAAAUAUCCCGUUAAUGUCGAGUCGACUGAUCAAUUGGUGACGAUAAGCUUUGGACCCAACGAUACCAAAGCAGAGUUCGAUGUAAAAGAUAUGACGAUUAAGAUCUACUACAAGGGUCAAUUGCAGCUUGUGGUCAAUGAACGUAAUUUUUUCAACAUCGAGCACUACAGAAAACGGGAUGAGAACGAUAAGCAUUUGCUACCUUUUGAGUCUGACUUUGAUCUGUUCAAAGACAGCCAUAAUACAGCUUCUGAAGAUUCGAUACCGCUCGGUCCUGAGUCCAUCGGCUUGGAUUUUACUUUUGCAGGCUACAAGCAUGUUUAUGGUAUUCCUGAACACGCAGACUCCAUGUCGCUCAAAGAUACAUCAGAAUCAAACUGGCCAUAUCGUCUAUUCAAUGUGGACAUUUUUGAGUACGAUACUGAUUCCAGAAUGCCAAUGUAUGGGUCAAUUCCUCUCAUGUUGGCAACAAAACCCAAAAUGUCGACAGCGGUCUUCUGGUUAAAUGCCGCCGACACAUUUAUCGAUAUACAUAAAUCCAAUGAUGUCAAGACUCACUGGAUUUCGGAAAAUGGUGUAAUGGACUUUCUUGUGAUCCUUGGAGAAACUCCAGCGGAAAUAAACUCAAAGUACGGACGCCUUACUGGCUAUGCUCCGUUACCACCUAUGUUCUCUUUGGGAUACCAUCAAUGCCGGUGGAACUACAAUGACGAAAAAGAUGUGCUUGAUAUCACUUCGAAAAUGGAUGAGACAUUAGUGCCAUAUGACACAAUUUGGUUGGAUGUCGAGUACGCUGAUGCCAAAAAGUACUUUACUUGGGACAUUGAUGCGUUUCCUGACCCCGAACGCAUGCUCAAAGCGUUGGAUAGAACAGGAAGAAAUUUGGUAUUGAUCAUCGACCCUCAUUUGAAAGUUGGUUAUUAUGUUAGUGACGAGGUUCGCAAGAGAGAUCUUGCGAUGAAAAAUUCCAAAAACGAGACGUUCCAUGGCCAUUGUUGGCCCGGAGAAUCGGUGUGGAUUGAUACGUUUAAUCCUGGUUCCCAGGAGUAUUGGGAUUCACUUUUUGUAAGGUCUGAAACCAACAAGGUCAUGGGCGGAAUGUCCACGAACAUUUAUGUGUGGAACGACAUGAAUGAGCCUUCUGUGUUUGAUGGACCCGAGACCUCUGCUCCAAGAGAUAACAUCUUUUACGAUGGAUGGGAACAUAGGUCUGUUCACAACAUUUAUGGUUUGACUUUCCAUGAAGCUACGUUCGAAUCGUUGACAAAGCGUCUUGAGCUGUCGACGAGACAAAGACCUUUCAUUUUGACCCGUUCUUUCUACGCCGGAUCACAGCGGACAUCGGCUAUGUGGACGGGAGACAACAUGGCAAAAUGGGAAUAUCUUGAAGCUUCUAUUCCAAUGGUAUUGUCUUCUGGAAUUGCUGGUAUGCCUUUUGCGGGAGCUGAUGUCGGUGGGUUCUUUGGAAACCCUUCUAAGGAGCUUUUAACCAGGUGGUAUCAAACAGGAAUAUGGUACCCAUUUUUCAGAGCACAUGCACAUAUCGAUUCGAGACGCAGAGAGCCAUGGGUUCCAGGAGAACCAUUCACAAGCAUUAUUCGUGACGCUAUCAGGCUUAGAUAUGCGUUGCUUCCAACGUUCUAUACAUGUUUCUACGACCUGAGUCAAAGUGGAUUACCCGUCAUGAAACCAAUAUUCUACGAAUGUCCUCACAACGUCGAUGCCUAUGAAAUCGACGACCAGUUCUUCUUGGGCAAUUCUGGUUUGAUGGUGAAGCCAGUAACGAGUGAAGGAGCUACGAGUGUUGAUGUCUAUCUUCCAGACAACGAGGUAUACUAUGAGUUUACAAGUGGAGUUCCAGGAAAAGCAUACAAGGGCCCCAAAACUGUUGACCUUGAUGUCGAGUUGGCUGACAUCCCAAUGUUCUUGAAAGGAGGAAGCAUUGUAGCCAGGAAAGAUAGGUAUAGGAGGUCGACCAAGCUCAUGCAAAAUGACCCCUACACUUUGGUGGUGGCUUUUGAUAACCAAGGCAAAGCCACUGGCAAGCUCCACAUUGAUGACGGCGAGUCAUAUGGCUACAAGGAAGGACAAGAAAUCAACUUGCAGUUUUACGCGGAUUCCAAGGGUAUAACAGCUCAAUUUGAAACUGUUCCCGACCCCACUUAUGUCAAAGCCAUGCAAAAAAUAAAAAUCGAGAAAAUUAUUUUAUUGGGCCACGGCAAUGAUGACCAAGCGCUUGUGACCCAGGGCGAAAAGCUGUGGCAGGUCCAGAUAGUGGAUGGGGAAAUCCGGAAUGCCGGCAUGAGUGUUGCAGCGGAGUGGAAAAUAAAGUUUGCGACAAAAUUAACCCAUGAUGAGUUGUGA